AUGGGUGGCGCGCUGCUGCUAGCGCUGCUGGCGGCGGCUAGCGAGCCCAAUGCCACCGAACUCAGCCCCUCGCCGCCACCAGAAGAAGAGAAGACCCCGCUCUUCCCCAUCGACCUGUUCACGGACGACCAGCGGCGGUCGGGAGCCGUGCUGCUGCAUGUCAUCGGCAUGGGCUACAUGUUCGUGGCGCUGGCCAUCGUGUGCGACGAGUUCUUCGUGCCGGCGCUGGACGUGAUCAUAGAGCGGCUGGCCAUCCGGGAUGAUGUGGCCGGCGCCACGUUCAUGGCGGCGGGGGGCUCCGCGCCGGAGCUGUUCACCUCCAUCAUCGGCGUGUUCGUGUCGUUCGACGACGUGGGCAUCGGGACGAUCGUGGGCUCGGCCGUGUUUAACAUUUUGUUCGUGAUCGGUGCGUGUGCGCUGUUCUCUAGAACGACUUUGACACUAACUUGGUGGCCCCUGUUCCGAGACUGCUCCUUUUACUCCGUCAGCCUUCUCGUGUUGAUAUAUUGUUUCCGGGACAGCGAGAUAUACUGGCAAGAAGCGCUGGUGCUGUUCUCGCUGUACGGGGCGUACGUGUUGUUCAUGAGGUGGAACCAGCCGGUGGAGCGAGCACUCAAGAAGCUCAUCUACAAGAACAAGGUGACGCGAGUGCGGAGUACUGAUCAGCUGAUGCCAACGCACCAGACUGCUGCUCAGACCUUGCACGGCAACGCGACCACAUCAAGCGAAACGUCGGUGGGGACGAACACGGCAACCGCAGCGGCGACGUCAGCGGGACCCAGCAAGGGGCCGCCGCCCGCCGCCAAGUUCCGUCACGGUCUGCUGCAGCUCAUGAUACACACCAUCGAUCCCAUGCAUGACGGUGAGUUAGGCAAAGUGGAUGAGAAGGCGACACAGUUGCACGCGAUAGCUUCCUUAAAGGUGUUGCUGGAGGCGACACGGCCGACAGCUGGUGGUGCUGGUGCAGCCGCUGCGAGACAUUCUGCAGCGGCCGCGCAAGCCAAGGAGACACCGCUAGACCUGCCCAACGGUGGGAUUGCGGACGUCCAGUUAGAUGCUAUAGAAGAGAUUGGAGACCUGGAGGAGGACACGACGCCGUUGGACAUGUCGUGGCCCACAGGGUUCCGCAAGCGAGUAACUUACUUGUUAGUCGCACCCAUUGUCUUCCCACUCUGGAUGACCCUACCAGAUACAAGAACACCGAAAGGGAAAAGAUUUUUCCCGGUAACAUUUAUAGGGUCUAUAGUUUGGAUAGCUUUCUUUUCGUACUUGAUGGUAUGGUGGGCGAAUGUAGCGGGGGCGACGGCCCAUGUGCCUCCUGAGGUGAUGGGACUGACACUCCUGGCUGCUGGAACAUCCGUUCCUGACCUCAUCACGUCAGUCAUCGUCGCCAGAAAGGGGUUCGGCGACAUGGCUGUCUCCAGCUCAGUCGGCAGCAAUAUUUUUGAUGUUACCGUUGGGCUACCUCUUCCAUGGCUCCUGUACGGUCUGAUCAACGGCGAGCCAGUCCAAGUCAACUCUAAAGGCAUGGUCUGCAGCAUAGUGCUGCUCUUUGCCAUGCUGCUGUUCGUGAUCCUCAGCAUCGCCUGCUUCAGGUGGAAGAUGAACAAGGGUCUAGGGUUCACCAUGUUCCUUCUCUAUUUCGUCUUCGUGGGAGUCAGUCUCGGCCUCGAAUACGGCUACCUCCACUGUCCGAGCGAAUAGACUGGUCUUCUCGCCUUUUGGUCUUCUCUAUUAAAUAAGGAAUGGAUUUUCAAUGUUGAGCCUUUGAUGGUGACUAUUCGUUUUGGGAAACACGAAAGAGUUUUAAUUCGAAAUAGAAAAGCUGAUUGAACGUUUUAUUGUAGAGUUAGCGAUGGGGGGGGAGGGCAAUUUAAAAUAGUUUAUGGUAAAUAGUUGAGAACGCUAGAACUGUUUACCUAAAACAAAUAGUCGGCAGUCAAAUCGUAGCGAGUUGGUACUUCCAGCAAUAUUGCACCUCGGUUGCAGCAAACUAUGCUACGUCACAGAUUAAAAAAUGUAAAUUCGACGUCACAUUGUAACAUUGACUUUGACAUUCUGACGUUGAUAUAAUAACGUAACGUGCAAGCGUCGGGAAAUGUCAAAAUGUAUAAAUAAUUUUAUACGACAUAAUUUUAGAAUGCUUUUUACAA